ACCAAUUUUGGUAACAGAAAAAGGAAAAGGGAUCGCUAUUUGAGUGACCACAGGUUGUUUGGCUCAGUGACUCCAUGUGGGGACCAAGGAGAGAGGCGCCGGGAUGAGGGACCGAGUCGUCAUUAAAGUGUCCUCGGGGCAGGACAAUUUCAGGCUCAGGAUGAGCGCCGUUUUUCAUAAUUGAACUCAGCCCUCCUCACCCCGUCCUGAGUCAAAUCGAAGAAACACCUUGAGACGGACCUUCUGUUCGCUGUGCCUGUCACCCUCUCGCCGGGUCUCGGUCCCCGAAUGUGCCGCGGCCGGCUGCACGGCCCCUCCCACCCCAGCCCCGCGCGGGGCCCCUGGAUCGCGGGACAGUGGCGGCCCGGGGAGGUCGGUUGGGGAAGGUCCUUCUCGAAAUCGCCCGCGAUGUCCCCGCCAGACGACAGACCCCUCCGGGAGACAGACAGACCUCGGGCUCGGAGCCGCCGGUUCCCGGGCAGGAGGACGAGGGGCGGAAGGCCUGCGCCGCCUCGGGCCCCCUCGCAGCCCCCAGCCGCGCCGGCCGCAGCCGAGGCGCCGGGACUGCAGUGUGGCCGUGACCUCAGCGGGCAGGUGUUUGAGGGCCACGGGCAGGAGUGGAUAGGCGCGGACACAGGGGUCCUGCCUUACUCCGUGUCCUUCCUUCAGCCACCAUGUUCAACCAGCAGCAGCAGCAGCAGCUCCAGCAGCUCCAGCAGCAGCAACUCCUGCAGCUGCUGCAGCAGUCCCCGCCGCAAGCCCCACUGCCCAUGGCCGUCAGCCGGGGGCUUCCCCAGCAGCAGCCACAGCAGCAGCUUCUGAAUCUCCAAGGUGCCAACUCCGCCUCCCUCCUCAACGGCUCUGUGCUACAGAGAGCUUUGCUUUUGCAGCAGUUGCAAGGACUGGACCAGUUUGCAAUGCCACCAGCCACGUAUGACAGUACCGGUCUCACCAUGCCCACGGCAACACUGGGGAACCUCCGUGGCUACAACCUGGCAGCCCCGAACCUGACGGCCCCCAGCCUCACACCCCCCCAGCUGGCCACCCCAAAUCUACAGCAGUUCUUCCCCCAGGCCACUCGGCAGUCCUUGCUGGGUCCCCCUCCUGUCGGGGUCCCCAUGAAUCCCUCCCAGAUCAACCUUUCAGGGCGGACUCCGCAGAAACAGGCCCGCACCCCCUCCUCCACCCCACCCCAGCGCAAGGGGCCCGUCACAGCUGCUCUUGGGCCAGGGUGUACUUACACGGGUGGGCGGCAGAUGUCAGAACCAGUUUCUGAAAGGAAGCAGGAUUCUUCUUCUCAGACGAUACCUGUGGAAGACAAGUCAGACCCCCCAGAGGGGUCUGAGGAAGCUGUCGAGUCCCGAACAAACACACCAGAAGACCAAGAUUCCCCACCCUGCCCGGAUGACAUCACUAAGGAGAAACGCACUCUAGCCCCUUUGCCUGAGUCUUGUGAGGCAUCUGAGCCACCAGCUAAGAGGUCAAAGAGCUCAGAGUUGCCCACAGAGAGGGGGCCCCCCGGGCAGCUGCAGGCGAAGGUCCAGCCUCGGGCCCGCACCACGGCCCCGAAGCAGACACAGACACCCGAGCUGCUGCCUGAGCCGCCGGAAGCCCGAGUGCUGCCACCGUUGCAGCCCCGGGUUCUGCAGAUCCAGGCCCCGGUGCAGGCGCAGGCGCAGGCGCAGCCACUGACGCCCCCCGCGGACGCCCCGGUGCAGCGCAGGCUGCAGAAGCAGGCGCAGACACAGACCUCCCCGGACCACGUGGGGCCGCAGCCGCUGCGGAAGGAGGCGGAGCUGCAGAGACAGGUGCCGCCGAAGGCACGUCCGCAGCCCCCGCCGCUGCCACAGCCGCUUCUGCCGCCGCCACAGCCGCAGAAGCAGGCACAGACGCAGACGUGUCCUCAGGCCCAGUCCCCGGAGCAGCCCCCGAGGCAACCUCCAGGGCCGUCGCCAGGCCAGCCGCCUGACCAGACUGAGGGACAGCCUCAGCCCCCGCCACGGGUGUCGGUGCCGGCCCUAGAGCCAGCGUCGGUUCCGGAUCAUUGCGUGGUGCUCGAGACACCGCCUGAUAAGGGAGAUAGUGGAGCCGACCUGGAGGAGGCCUCUCCAGAGCCAGGUGGCGCCCAGGUCAGCGUGGAGAGCCAGGAGGACUUGACCAGUGGCCUGGAUGUGGGAGAAUGUGAAAAACGAGCAAGAGAGAUGCUAGGGGUGUGGGGUGCCGGGGGCUCCCUGAAGGUCACCAUCCUGCAGAGCAGUGACAGCCGGGCCUUCAGCACCGUCCCCGUCACCCCCAUGCCCCGCGCUGGCGACUCUGCGUCUGCCGCCCUGGCCGCCGCCAGCACACCCUCUAAGCAGACCCUCCAGUUCUUCUGCUACCUUUGUAAGGCCAACUGUAGCAGCCAGCAGGAGUUCCAGAACCACAUGUCAGGGGCCCAGCACCAGCAGCGGCUCGGGGAGAUCCAGCACAUGAGCCAGGCCUGCCUCCUGUCCCUGCUGCCCGUGCCCCGGGAUGUGCUAGAGAGAGAGGACGAAGAGCCCCCGCCGAGGCGCUGGUGUAACACCUGCCAGGUCUACUACAUGGGUGACCUGAUCCAACACCGCAGGACGCAGGACCACAAGAUCGCCAAGCAAUCCCUGCGACCUUUCUGCACUGUUUGCAACCGCUAUUUCAAGACGCCCCGCAAGUUUGUGGAGCACGUGAAGUCCCAGGGGCACAAGGACAAAGCCAAGGAGCUGAAGUUGCUCGAGAAGGAGCUAGCCGGUCAAGAUGAGGACCACUUCAUCACAGUGGACGCUGUGGGCUGCUUUGAGGGUGAUGAGGAGGAGGAGGAGGAAGAGGAAGAUGAAGAAGAAGAGAUCGAGGUGGAGGAGGAAUUCUGCAAGCAGGUGAGGUCCAGAGAUAUAUCCAUAGAGGAGUGGAAAGGCUCGGAGACCUAUAGCCCCAAUACCGCAUACGGUGUGGACUUCCUGGUGCCCGUAAUGGGCUACAUUUGCCGCAUCUGCCACAAGUUCUACCACAGCAACUCGGGGGCACAGCUCUCCCACUGCAAGUCCUUGGCCCACUUCGAGAACCUGCAGAAAUACAAGAAGGCCAAGAACCCCAGCCCUACCAGCAGGCCCGUGAGCCGCCGGUGUGCAAUCAACGCCCGGAACGCCUUGACUGCUCUGUUCACUUCUGGCGGCCGCACACCCACCCAGCCCAGCACCCAGGACACAGCUAAAACCCCCAGCAAGAAUGCCUCAACCACAAGAGUUAUUCAAGGACCAGCUCAAAACGCCUCCUCUUCUAAGAAGCCUUCCCUGGUCUCCACCAGAAACCAUCACUCCCUCCUCCAUGGCCACUCCUGACCUGCCUCUCAGCAGCACAGUAUCCCUUAGGAUCCAAGGUCUGGGCCUGUGCCCACUGCGGACCCAGUUCUGAGCCAGCCCAUGACUCAGAUAAUCUCACUCAGCUGCCAGCCUGGGACAAAAGGGGAAGCGGCUGACAGUGUUUGGAAAAGGCCAGGGCUGGAGGAGUGUGUCUGGGAUCUGGGUGCAAGUGUGUCUGCAUUCUGGGGGAAGAGCACCAUCGGCCAGAGCUGGCACAGCUCACAGAGGACAGAGUCCUGGAAAGUCCCUGCUGGAUCUUAGAGUCCAACCCCCUUGUGGUACCGAUGGGAAAACAAGCCCAAGAAGGAAGGGACCUACCCAGGAUCCUCCAGCUGGUUGGUGGCACAGCCAAGAUUCAGAGGGAGCAGGGGCACUUGGGUGUCAGUCCCAGCUCCACUCCACCCCAGCACGUGACUGCGUCGUUUGGUAAGGGAAUAAGGACCGGGUUGUUGUGAGGAUUCCAAUAUAUUAAAAACUCAGACAAGGUCUGGCCACAGCCAGUACUUAGUAGACGGUCAUUAUUAUCAACACUGCACAUUCUGUGUCACAAGACACAGGCCCGAAGCAGGAUGGGGGAGGCAGGUGGUAUCUCCACACCACUGGGGGCCAGGCUUGAUCUGUGUCAAGGGCACUUCCCAGUGCUAAGCCUCUGCCUUCUGCCUGGGACAGCCACCUCCCCACUGCACUAAGUCCUGUGAAUCUGCCAACAUCCACUCAGUGUGACACCUGAGUGGCUUUUCCUGAUUGCUCUCCCUGCUACUGCAGGCUUCCUUAAUACACAUCUGGCUACUGUUCACUUGCAGUGCCCAGGGCAAACUGGCCGGCCUACCACUUACCACCCUGUGGGAGGUCCUCUACCUCUUUAUUAAAUGCAGACCCGGGGUGAUCGAAGUGUUCUGAAACUACUGUGAGGGAUGCACAACUCUGAAUAUCCUAAGACCCACUGACAUGUACAAUUUAAAUGGAUACAUUGUAUGGUAUGUGAAUUAUAGCUCAAUAAAGCUGUUACCCAAACAAAACAAAAAGCAGACUCCAUACUUACCUCACAUUUACUAAGUCCUGCCCUCCAACUUGAGAAAUCAAUCUUUAUUACACUAAAGGGAAAAAUAACCACUCACCGAACACCUGCAUGCUUUGAACCUAUUAAAUAUUUUCCAUUUGUUUUUUCUUCAUUUAACCCUGACACAUCUCAAUGCAGGAGACACUAAUCAUUAUUCUUAUUUUAGAUACGGAAACUAAGGCUCCCCAAGGUGAGGGGAGCUGAUGGUUCUCUCUCCACCCCCAACUCCCCGCAGUGUUGUGCAGGCAACAGGCUGCUCUGUAAGGAG